AUUAUAGAAGCGGUGGAGCUGGGAGGACUUGGGGUGGACAGGUUUAUCUACACGGAUUUGUUUCAACCGCUGUUUCUACUGCAGCUUUUAUUCCGUCCAGAAGCAGAACCGGGUCUGCGGGUUCGGACUGGUACCGUGUGAUCGCUAUAAGAAGAUCUGAGGAGGAGCUGGAGGUUCUGAGAAGGGGGUUGGAUCUGGCGGUUCGGGGGUUCUGAGGGAUUUGUGUUGAUUGUUGCUACAAAGGAAGCCUGGGACUGAGGGAGGUGGAGGAGAACAUGUAUCCAGUCUAAGAUCCGGUCCGGUCCGAUCCAGCAGAACUCUGCACAUCCGGACCGGCUGCGGGAUUGGUGAAGACGGGGAGCGAUUGGAAAUUGGAAAAACCCAACCCAACACAAAGCCGCAACCCAACAAAUACACAAAACAACUCAACAACCCAACGGGAUCCAUCUAAAGCAACGGAUUACUUUGAUUACUUGGACGUACGUUUGAAGCUUUUGAUCUUUUUUGUAGACCAAGAAGAAGAAGCUCCAACAGAAGAUCCCAUCAAAGACAAAAAAAUAUAUAAAAAAUAAACGCAACAACGCCAAUCAACCAACUAACCAACAAAACCAAUCCGAUCCUUUAGCGUCGGUCGUUCUUUGGGUUGGGGGUUGAUUUUGAGAAGUUUAUAUGAACUUUUCUGGACUCACCAAGAUUAGGGAAGUUUAUUUCCAACCAAUCCACCAAAACAAAGCUCUAAUCUAGAACAUACCCAGAGUUCUACUCAAAAACUUUAGUACCUCAGUACUUUACUGGAUUUUCUGCGUUGAUUAAGGUUGAAGAUACAAAUUCCAACCUUCCAAUCCACCAAACCACGAGCCUCCAGGACAAAGAUCUAGUCUAGAACAUACCAAAUUCUAAAAAGUUCUAGAGUUAAGUACUUCAGUACUGGACUUUAUUGGACUUUCUUCUUUGAUUGAAGUUGGAGAUACCAUUCCAACCUUCCAAUCCACCAAAGCACGAGCCUCCAGGACAAAGCCUUGGUAGGUGGAUCUCCAGAGAUUCCCUGGUGGAUUUGGGGUUGUCGGCUUUCGGAUUUCUCCUGUUGCCGUGCUGUGGACGCGGCUUUUGGAGCGCUCCAUGGCUGCGAGGCCCAGCUGACGCCCAAUCUCCAUUUCUGACCUGUAUUUCAUCGUUUUUUGGGCUGAAAUCAAAAGCAGAAAUCACCUUCCUCGGGUUCCUCAGCCGCCGCCGCCAUGCAGCUCGACUGGAGGAAUUUAGCUGCGCUGUGGAUUCUCCUGCUGGACUGUCUACUGGGAACUCUGGCUGAAGAGGAAGUGUUGAUGAACACGAAGACGGAGACGUCAGACCUGAAGUGGACCACCUACUCCAGAACUAAAGCCGAGUCUCAGUGGGACGAGGUGAGCGGAUUGGACGAGGAGAAUAACAGCGUAAGGACCUAUCAGAUCUGCCAGACGGACGGCUCCUCCAGCCAAUGGCUGCGCAGUAAGCUGAUCGAGCGUCGGGGGGCGUCGCAGGUUUACGUGGAGCUUCGCUUCACCAUGAUCGAGUGUUCGUCCCGCAGCACCCACCACCGGUCCUGCAAAGAGACCUUCAACCUCUUCUACUACCAGAGCGACACCGACGACGCCACGGCAACCCACCCCGCCUGGAUGGAGAACCCUUACGUCAAGGUGGACACAGUGGCGGCGGAUUUCCUGCUGCGUAAGGGCGGGGAGAAGAAGUUUAAUGUGAAGGUUCUGAGGUUGGGGCCGCUGGUGAAGCGCGGGUUUUACCUGGCGUUUCAGGCUCAGGGCGCCUGCAUGGCGCUGCUGUCGGUGCGGGUGUUCUUUAAGAAGUGCCCGGCCGUCACGCGCUCGCUGUCCGUGUUCCCGGAGACCGUGCCGCGCUCACUGGUGCAGGAGGCGGUGGGCGUGUGCGUGGCGAACGCCGAGCAGCCGGGGCCACGCCCCCGACCCCCCAAGAUGUUCUGCGGGGAGGAUGGACAGUGGGUGGAGCAGCCGAGCUCCAGCUGCACCUGCAGAGCCGGAUACGAGGCCACGCCCGGCGAGCUGGAGUGCAGAGCCUGUCCUGCUGGUCAGUUUAAGCUGGGUUCUGGUCCUGGUCCGUGUUCUCCGUGUCCGGAGUCCAGUCACACCGGGGAGUUCGGGGCGGCGUCCUGCGUGUGCCGACCCGGUUACUACCGCGCUCCCAGCGACAGCCUGGAUACACCCUGCACACGUCCCCCGUCGUCCCCCCGCGGGCUGUUCCCGCAGAUUAACGACACAUCUCUGACGCUGGAGUGGAGCGAGCCGGUGGACAGCGGGGGACGCGCUGAUCUGUCCUACAGCGUCCAAUGCAGCGUCUGCUCGUCCCCCGCCGGACCCUGCACCGCCUGCGGGGAGGGGGUCAGCUACCGCCCCGCCCAGACCGCCAUCCACGGGAGGCGGGUCAGCAUCUGGGGGCUCCGCCCACACACCACCUACACCUUCACCGUCCAGGCGCUCAACGGGGUCUCCACCCUCAGCCAGCAGGGGCCGGCCGGGGACAGCAUCAACAUCACCACCGGCCGUAACGUGCCGGUUCUGGUUUCUGGGAUCAGGAAGAGCACGGCUACCGAGUCCAGUCUGACUCUGCACUGGGCCGUCCCUGCCCAGCCCCACUACAGCAUCCUCCAAUACCAGCUCCGCUACUGCGAGAAGGAGCGUGGAGCAGAUGAGCACUGGUGUCGUUAUAAGGAGAGUGAGAGUAAUCAGGUGGUUCUGAGUGAUCUGAGAAGAGCCACCCAGUACGAGGUUCAGGUCCGAGCCCGAACCCAGGCCGGAUACAGCAGCUUCGGCCCGGCCACGUCCUUCAGAACCCUCCCAGACGAAGAUGACCCUUCAUCCCCUCUGCUCGUUACCGGGGUUCUUAUCGCCAUGGGGAUGCUCCUCCUCAUCACUGUCAUUGGCAUCGCCAUCUACUGCAUCCGAAAGCAGAACCGACUGAAGGAUCCAGAACUGAACGAUAAAAACGGCCAGUACCUAAUGGGCCAAGGAGUGAAGGUCUAUAUCGAUCCGUUUACCUAUGAGGACCCGAACGAGGCCGUGAGAGAGUUCGCCAAAGAGAUUGACGUCUCCUGUGUGAAGAUUGAGGAGGUUAUAGGAGCAGGUGAAUUUGGUGAAGUGUGCCGCGGCCGGUUGCGGGUGCCGGGUAAGAAGGAGAACUACGUGGCCAUAAAGACACUGAAGGGCGGGUACACCGAUAAACAGAGGCGGGACUUCCUUUCUGAGGCGUCAAUCAUGGGUCAGUUCCAACACCCCAACAUCAUCCACCUGGAGGGCAUCAUCACCGCCAGCUGCCCCGUCAUGAUCAUCACCGAGUUCAUGGAGAACGGAGCUCUGGACUCCUUCCUCAGGCUGAACGACGGUCAGUUCACGCCGAUCCAGUUGGUGGGGAUGCUGCGGGGGAUAGCGUCCGGUAUGAAGUAUCUGUCAGAGAUGAGUUACGUGCAUCGUGAUCUCGCCGCCAGGAACAUCCUGGUGAACAGUAACCUGGUGUGCAAAGUGUCAGACUUCGGGCUCUCCAGGUUCCUGCAGGAGAACUCCUCCGACCCCACCUACACCAGCUCCCUGGGUGGGAAGAUCCCGAUCCGCUGGACGGCUCCGGAGGCCAUCGCCUUCCGGAAGUUCACCUCCGCCUCCGACGUCUGGAGUUACGGGAUCGUCAUGUGGGAGGUGAUGUCGUUCGGAGAGAGGCCGUACUGGGACAUGAGCAACCAGGACGUAAUAAACGCUAUAGAGCAGGACUACCGCCUGCCCCCGCCUCCCGAAUGCCCCACCCACCUCCACCAGCUGAUGCUGGACUGCUGGCAGAAGGAGCGCACCGCCCGACCGCGCUUCAACAACAUCGUCUCCGCCCUCGACAAGCUGAUCCGAAACCCCGCCUCCCUCAAAAUCACCGCCCAGGACGGAGCCGGGCCGUCUCACCCCCUGCUGGACCAGCGCUCGCCCCCCACCCCGGCGUCCUGUAGCUCGGUGGGGGAGUGGCUACGGGCCAUAAAGAUGGAGCGCUACGAGGAGAGCUUCCUGCAGGCCGGCUACACCUCCAUCCAGCUCCUCACCCACCUCAACACAGAGGAUCUUCUGCGAUUGGGCGUCACUCUGGCCGGACAUCAGAAGAAGAUUCUGUCCAGCAUCCAAGCUCUUAGCGUUCAGAACAAAAGUCCCAAUAACGUCCUCUACUGACCACAUACACACACACUACACAACCACACACUACACACUACACAAACACACACACUUUAAGACUGCUGAAGCUCUUCCUGUGACCUGACCAAUCAGGACCUCCCUUUCGCCGCCAGCUUCCAAUAAGAAGGGAGAUUGUGUGAAAGUGGCCAAUCGGAGACUUUUAUUUUGUGGUGCUUUAGGAAUUACGUAACUUCCUUCGUCUGGACCGAACGAUCGGACGAGUGGACGAGGACGGGGACGAGGACGAGACAGUGUGCCAAAAGUUUUCGGACGAUUGAAAAGAGACUCGCGAGAGCUAAGCGUCGCAAAAAGGGAUUUACCGGGAAAAAAAAAGUUGCCAAUAUGAGGACCGAACUGUGCGUCACGUUUUCACGAGAGUAUUUUUCUAAUGGAGUGUGUGAUGACCUGGAACAGACUGGGAACCCGUGGAGAACCAGGUUCCGAGGAACGUGGAGGAAUGUGAACUUUAUACGACGUGGUUUUACGAAAGACGUCAGGAAAUGAUCUGAUUGUAAUAUGUGAUUUUAUUUUUUAUUUUUUACAUCAUGUCUGUCUGAGCAAGCAAAGAGUGUGUGUAGAGUGGCUGUAUGAAUGUGUGUACGAAUGCACGUACGACCAUUUGUACGAAUGCACGUACGACCAUUUGUACGAAUGCACGUACGACCGUUUGUACGAAUGCACGUACGACCGUUUGUACGAAUGCACGUACGACCGUUUGUACGAAUGCACGUACGACCGUUUGUACGAAUGCACGUACGACCAUUCGUACGAAUGCACGUACGACCGUUUGUACGAAUGCACGUACGACCGUUUGUACGAAUGCACGUACGACCGUUUGUACGAAUGCACGUACGACCGUUUGUACGAAAUAUUUGUAAAAAUACGUCUACAAAUGUUUGUGUGAGUGUUUUGUAUGGAUGCAUGUACAAAUGUUUGUACGAGUAUUUGUACAAAUGUGCGUACAAAUAUUUGUCUAAAUGAGUCUACGAAUGUUGUGUUUUGUAUGAAUGCAUGUACAAAUCUACGUACGAAUGUUUUUAUGAAUGCAUGUACAAAUACUCAUACAAGCAUUUGUAUGAAUGCAUCAACAAAUGCGCGAACAAAUGCUUGUAUGAGUAUUUUGUACGCAUGCAUGUACAAAUCUACGCACAAAUGUUUGUAUGAAUGCAUGUACAAAUGCUCAUACAACUGUUUGUACAAAUACGUGUAUGAGUGUUUUGUAUGAAUGCAUCAACAAAUGCGUGUACGAGUAUUUGUACAAAUGUGCGUAUGAAUGCACAUACAAAUGUUUGUAUAAAUGCGUCUACAGAUGUUUGUGUUUUUAUGAAUGCAUAUACAAAUCUACGUGCAAGUAUUUGUACAAAUACACGUACAAGCAUUUGUAAGAAUGCAUCAACAAAUGCACAUACAUAUGCGUGUGAGUGUUUUGUAUGAAUGCACAUACAAUCGUUUGUAUAAAGGCAUGCACGACCAUUUGUACAAGCAUUUGUACGAAUGCAUCAACAAAUGCACGCACAUGUUUGUAUGAGUGUUUUGUAUGAAUGCAUGUACAAAUCUGUGUUUUACAAAUAUUUGUACAAAUGCUUGUACUAGGGUUUGUACGACUGUUUGUGCAAAUGCUUGAAUGAGUGCGUGUGAGUGCGUGUGAGUGCGUGUGAGUGCGUGUGAGUGCGUGUGAGUGCGUGUGCGAAUGCGUUUACGCAAACUCUGACUGAAUGACUGUACCGUGCACCAGCGCUCCGGCGUGAGCGUUAAAAAGAACCACUGUUAAAGUCGCUGUUAACGAGAGGUGGGCGAUGUGACCAGAAAUAUCGUAUCACGAUUAUUAAUGUUUUGUUUGUAAUAAAAACUGUAAUAAUCUGAAUAAAAGGUUGCGUUACAAAAAAAACGUUGGCAGAAGAAAACUCUUAGAUAUUAUAAUAUAAUAAUAUUUUCGGUAACAUUUUACAAUAAGGGUCACAGUUAACAGUAACUUAGCAUAGAAAUAAACAAUUAUCUAAUUAUUAAUUGAAACCAAUUAAGUCAUUAUUAAGUAUUCCUAAUUUUUUGGUAAAAUUAGGUAAAUUGUUUUAAUGAUUAAUAACUAGUCUUAAGUACUGUUAAUUAAAGUACACAUAUUGUAAAGUGUGAACAUAUUCAAUAAAAAAUUAGAAAUGCUUCAAUUGUUUUUUUUUCUUGGGUUUUCUUUCUUUUCUCAUUUUUCUCAAUAUUUUGGACACAAAAAAACUGUAGUAUUUCCAAUUAAAUAAAAAAAAUAAUGAUAAUUCUACUGUAAAAACUCUUUAAAAUUCAAUUGGCAAUUGUUCUUUAUAUAGUAUCAGAAUGGACCAAUAGAAAUGCUUCAAAAUGACUUGAAAUUAAAAAUUGCAUUGAUUUUCAUUUAAGUAUAUACAGCUCUGGACAAAAUGAAAAAAUAAAAGUAAGUUUCUCUGAUUUUGCUAUUUAUAGGUUUAUGUUUGAGUAAAAUGAACAUUGUUGUUUUAUUCUAUAAACUACAGACAACAUUUCUCCCAAAUUCCAAAUAAAAAUAUUCUCAUUUAGAGCAUUUAUUUACAGAAAAAUAUAUUUUUUUUUUCACUUUUUUUUCAUGCAUCUUGGCAUCAUGUUCUCCUCCACCAGUCUUACACACUGCUUUUGGAUAACUUUAUGCUGCUUUACUCCUGGUGCAAAAAUUCAUUAUAUUAAAGUGGUCUCUUUUUUUCCCCCAGAGCUGUAUUUAUAUAUAAUUCUAUACUUUUUUAAUUAAAAAUACAUGGAUACAUUUCGUAACAAUACUGAUAAGCUAGCGUUGUAUCGCCCGCCUCUCCGUUAAAGCGACUGUGUGUUUGCGUGUCUCCAUAACUAGCGUAGCGUCAGCUGGGCCUGUGUAGUAUUAGCACUUGUUCACACACUGCCUGUCAACAGUUUGGGGACGUCUAGCUUUGUAAAAAAAAAAAUGUUUUUAACAUGUUUUAAAAAAAUGAUCAUGUUUUAAAAAAUGUAUUCUAUUCAAAUAUUAAAGGGCCCGUACCAUGGGAAAAUCA